UCUGUGGGCGGGACUCUGUGGACCUUCCCUCAUGUAUCAUCAUCAUCAUCCCAUGGACUGACUUGUUUGUUGUCGAGCAAGAUGGAGUUCCUUUUGGGAAAUCCUUACAGUACCCCGGUGGGGCAUUGCAUUGAGAGAGCCACUGAUGGCUCUCUGCAAAGUGAAGACUGGACCCUCAACAUGGAAAUAUGUGACAUCAUCAAUGAAACAGAGGAUGGGCCUAAGGAUGCCAUUAGAGCAGUGAAGAAGAGGCUGAAUGGCAACAGGAACUAUAGGGAAGUGAUGUUGGCUUUAACGGUCCUGGAGACAUGUGUGAAGAACUGCGGCCAUCGUUUUCAUGCUUUGGUCACAAGCAGGGACUUUGUUGAUGGCGUGCUGGUUAAAAUCAUCUCCCCUAAAAACAACCCGCCUACGAUCGUUCAAGAUAAAGUACUCGCCCUGAUUCAAGCAUGGGCUGAUGCAUUCAGGAGCAGUCCAGACCUCACAGGCGUGGUCCAAAUCUACGAGGAGCUAAAGAGGAAAGGCAUCGAGUUCCCCAUGUCAGAACUGGAGACCCUGUCACCUAUACACACACCUCAGCGGGUGGCUUCUGCUCCAGAGGGCGACUCCACCCUACAUAAGUAUGCCACCACCACCACUACUCAGCCCACACCACAGGUUGUCCCACCAGCCUACACCACCCCUCAGGUCCCCAAUAUCCAUGCCUCUGGAUCCAUCAAUCCUACACCUGAACAGAUUUGCCGACUGCGCAGCGAGUUGGACAUUGUUCGUGGAAACACUAAGGUGAUGUCAGAAAUGUUGACUGAGAUGGUCCCUGGACAGGAGGAUGCUUCGGACUAUGAGUUACUACAGGAGCUGAACAGGACUUGUAGAGCCAUGCAGCAGAGGAUAGUGGAGCUCAUCUCCUGUGUGUCUAAUGAGGCAGUGACUGAGGAGCUGCUGCAUGUCAACGAUGACCUCAAUAACAUUUUCCUACGCUAUGACAGGUAUGAGAGGUUUAGGUCUGGGAGGUCCUCGGCUCAGAGUGUCAACAAUGGGGUCCUGAGUGAGGCUACGGAGGACAACCUCAUAGACCUCGGCCCAGGUUCCCCAGCGGUGGUCAGCAACAUGCCGAACGCGCCCCCUACCAGCUUGCCCGCCGCCAUCACAGCCCCCGCAGCAAGGCCCUCCUCCCCAGCCACCUUGGCCUCCCGCCUGGCUGGUCUUGACAUGGGUGCAGACAGUGUGAGCAGUACCUUGAGCUCUCUGUCUAGCUGUAAGCCCCCUCCUACCCAGGAUGACUUUGAUGUGUUUGCUCAAACCAGGACUGUAGCUCUGUCUGAACCACCACGCAAGACCUCUACAGCAGAAGACAGCAAUGCCACUGGCAGCCUUCCUCCCACUCUGGAUGUCCUACAGCCAAUUGCAGGAGCGGGUGUUGGAGGCCAGUCCUCUGUCAUGGAUGACAUAGAGGAGUGGCUGUGUACUGAUGUGAAAGGAGAUGAAGGCGAGGAAGGCGUGACAAGUGAAGAGUUCGACAAGUUCCUCGAGGAGAGAGCCAAAGCUGCAGAGAUGGUCCCCAACCUACCGUCGCCCCCCAGUGGCGAACCAGGCGCAGCGCAGGGAACCCCCAGCCGCAAGAAGCCGGACAGGCCGGAUGACGCUUUGCUCGCCAUGUAGACCUCUCCCACCUUUGCCCUUCGGAAUCCCCAGCAUAAGACCCGACCAGCCGAGCAGAAUCACCCGAGGACGGACUGACCUGACCGCUAAAACACACCCACCUCCGUUCUGAAUCAUCACGACACUAUUCAGUUACACUACAGAGAUUUGUACAUGCAAGGAAAUUAUUCAUGUCCUCCGUUAAUUUCUCACAAGAAAGGGAAAACCAAACAAAUGGCCUGUUUUGAUACGACGAUGGAUCUCACAAACGACGACCAGUGUCAGAGACUGUGAGGCAGCCUGCUUGUACCUUCUUCUUUACGUGUGAAGAAUCUCCCUCCGCCUGUUGUGGACUGCAGAGCUUCAUGUUGCAGCUAAUCCUAAAAAUACCAUGUAGAGUUUUAUAAAAGAGGCGUCUUGCUGUCCUCGUCAUUAGUAGGAAAUCAUUUUCUUACCCAAGCCCUUAAAGCAUGCAUUAACACCAACCAAACUUGAUCAUUUAAGUUUGUACAAUUUAAAGAAACCCCAGCAGAAAACAUUAGGUUUGUCACUGCUGAAAUGCCCAUGAGAGGCCAAAUCAGUGAGCAGACCUACAACGAUAUUGUUUUGGUGUUUAUCAGUCCCUUUGCAAGUCAGUCUGAGUUGAAUUGUAAAUCUGUAAAUGACAAAUGUCAAGUUUAUUAGUCGUGUGUAUAUUUAAGCUACAUAUGUAUGAAAGAGAUGUUGAUUUAAUGUAGAUUUUUGAAAAAGGGUUUUAUCUUCCAGCUGCUCUGACAAUAGGGAUGUACCUCACUGGGGUUUUUCACAAGAAAAGGGAAUAGUUAGACAUCUCAUAUACAAAAACUCCUUUAAAAAAGGAGACGGGAAUUUAGUUUUUGCGAUUGGCAUUAUUGCGCACCACACCGACAAAUGUGUUCUUUCACCUUCCUCUAAGUCACGUGUUUCUCUCUGAUGAGCUUCACCGCAGUUGUUUGACGAUAUAUGGAUCACAAGAGAUUAUUUUGCUGAGAUUGUUAUUGGCCUGAAGCUGCUGUCUAAAUAUUUUUGGCUGGUAGUUGGUCUUAAUUCCACCUGCUGAAAAAUGCUGUCUUAAUUAUUGUUAUUUGUGUAAUCAUCUUUAUGCUGAACACAGAUACUUUGUGUCAUGAAUUUACAUGGAUUGAGUUCAAAUGAAGUGGUAAUGUUAUUUCCCAGUAAGAGUUGGGCCUAGCUGAAGAGAUACUUGCUUUCAUUGGUGAGUUUCAUAUUGACUGUAGUUUAAGUAAACUCCCUUUUUUAAGUCCAUCGGUGCUGUAUGAUUCCUGUUCUGAAACUGAGUUCAGAGGACCAAAUUCGUGCUUUCGUCUGGAUGGGAAAAAAUGUGGAUAAUUGGGUUUUUCCCUCACAUAGUCCGGUCCUCCAAAAUCCACUCAGUAUCACACUACAGAACCUGUUUGCACAUUAUUGCCGUGCAUUUCUCCUUUUAUUUCUUCAUGCUGACAUCUUAAAAGGCCUGACCUUUCCACAUGACAUUUGUUUUCAGAAAAUGAGCCGGCCGCAGACGUAGUGCUACAAAUGAGACAUUUUACUCUUUUGACAAUAACGAAUGCAACAUGUUACACAAUCACUACAAGCUUAAAAACAAGCGUGCACUUUGACAGUCGCAUUACCUUUCCACUUGUACUGUAAAUCACUUAACACUUAACCUGAUGUAAUUAAUGAGAACUGUUUGGAAAAUAUUUGAGCAGAAGUGUAGAGAUAAUUUAUUCAGCGCUGUUUUUUGUUUUCAGAUCAGUAUUUUAAAUCCUUUUAUUGUACAAAAGGAAAAUGGGGAAAUUAACUAUGUUUUGGGACAGAAUGAGAAAUUGGCAUAAUGGUGUGUGUUUUAGUGUUUAUGGCUUUUGUUUAUGGAGUUAAGAUUUUCCUUUUUUUUAAUAUACAUUGCUGCUGGCUAAUGUAUCUUAUUUGUCAUGUUUAUUGGCUAUGUGGAUAUAUUCUUGUUGGUUGAAUGUGUCCAUACAGUAAAAAUCAGUCCAUCACUGCUGUAGAUGUACGGGAAUCUCACCAGUUUUCUCAUGUGUGUCAUGAAGGAAGGAUAUUUUUAAUAGCGUCACUCACUUAUUAUUUCUUUUGGACUGACUAGCACAUGACAAAAAACAGACAUAAUUAACUUGCUUUGGACACUUUGGUCAAAGCAUCAACGUUGCACAUUCUGAAAGGGAACCUUCCUUUUCUCCUUCUGUUUCCUUGUUUUAGUGUUCAACCUGUGUGUGUGUCUGUGUGUGUCAGCUGUUCUGUAAUGCAGAAAUCUCAGUUGAUUGGUGGGGGGGAAACAAACCCUGAAGCCUCCAAAUGUGUGUGAAUACAUGUUACAAUCCUGCCUGAUACCGCCCAGGAUCUACCUGGUUUCUCUGUCAGUGAUUUGUAACUGAAUCUCAGCGUAGAGUCAUCUCUUGUUUUUGCAGAGCAACAAUACGUUUCUUUGUGUGUCUCUGGAUGAUAUGAAUAGAGAUGCUGAUAAGGGAGGCUGUGCUGUGUGACUGCUAUGUUCCUGAGUUGCCUCAUCUUUCAUUUCUCUUUGUGUUGUUUGACUUAUGCAUGAACUCUAAUAAAACAUUAGCAGUGUGUCCGCA